GAAUUCUGAUGCUCAUAGCUUGGGUCCUGUUAGUCGGUAUUACCACCGUGAUCGCUCGUUUCUACAAGUCAAUAUUCCCAGGGAAACUCCUUUGCGGAACGAAUGUAUGGUUUCAGAUCCACAGGACAGUAGCGAUGAUAUCUUUUGUGAUUACGGCAGCUUCCUUCGUCCUUAUUUUCGUAAAAGUUGAUGGAUUAUCUGACCGGGUAGGCGUCCACAGUUGGUUGGGUAUCGGCGUGAUGUGCGGAGUGUCUCUACAGCUCAUAGGAGGCAUCCUCCGCCCUAAUCAGGACAGUCACGCGAGAUCUGUGUUCAACGUAGCUCAUCGGUACCUCGGUAAAUCAGUCCAUGCUCUUGCAGCUGCCACCUGCCUUGUUGUAUUUAAUGCUGACUACCUACCCAGAGCUCAACGCACGUUUGGGAAUAUCAUGCUAUGUAUAUGGAUAGGUGUCCAGGUUGUUUGGGAAUCGCUGUUUGAGGCUCACAAAUGUCAUACACCAGAUCACCGGUCCGAGACGUUGGAGAUUUACUGUGAUAUGUCUGGAUCUCCUCAGUAG